AUGACGUGUUCCUGUACAGGGAAGGACUGGUCCUGUACAGCAGUGGGGGCACCAGUCUUUAUGGAACCGCCCCCUAACAUGGCUCCACCCCCUAAGAUGCCCCCGCCCCCUAACAUGGCUCCACCCCCUAACAUGGCCCCAUCCCCGGAAUGCAAAGGAUGUCUGAUUAAAGGGAAGUGUCAUAAGUCUGGAUACACGGAGCGAUCCAAAUUGAAGGAUGGAGGAUCAAUGACGUGUUCCUGUACAGGGAAGGUCUGGUCCUGUCAUGCAGUGGCGGCACCAGUGUUCAUGCAACUACCCCCUAGCAUGGCUCCACCCCCGGAAUGCACAGGAUGUCUGAUUAAAGGGAAGUGUCAUAAGUCUGGAUACACGGAGCGAUCCAAAUUGAAGGAUGGAGGAUCAAUGACGUGUUCCUGCAAAGGGAAGGACUGGUCCUGUUAUGCAGUGGGGGCACCAGUCUCCAUGCAACUACCCCCUAGCAUGGCUCCACCCCCUAACAUGGCCCCACCCCCGGAAUGCACAGGAUGUCUGAUCAAAGGGAAGUGUCAUAAGUCUGGAUACACGGAGCGAUCCAAACUCAAGGAUGGAGGAUCAAUGACGUGUUCCUGUACAGGGAAGGACUGGUCCUGUCAUGCAGUGGGGGCACCAGUGUUCAUGGAACCGCCCCCUAGCAUGGCCCCACCCCCUAACAUGGCUCCACCCCCGGAAUGCAAAGGCUGUCUGAUGAAAGGGAAGUGCUAUGAAUCAGGACACGUGGAGAAGUCUAACAUCAAGGAAGGAACUGAGACCUGCACGUGCACAGGGACGUCCUGGUCGUGUAGCGCGGUGGGGAUCCCCGUCUUCCAGGCACCGCCCCCAACCAUGGUGUUACCGACGAAGUGUGAUGGCUGCCUGGGCCCAGACGACGAUUGUCACGCGAGUGAUGAAACGGUCGAUGACGGGGUCAUCAAGUGCGCUUGUGAAGGGCCGGUAUGGAGGUGUGCUGUCCAGGGGCCACCACCGACAACACUGGGGCCUUCCCCGCCGUCAACGACCACACCACCUUUCCUAUGUUGCAGAGAGCCAAGCGGUAUGUGUCACCAGCCUCUCUUUGACACUCAGAUCGUCGACAACACAUUCUGCAUGUGUCGAGAUCUCGUGUGGACCUGUGACCCUGCUGACGUCAUCAAACCCAUAAUGGGUUGUGCAGGUGUCCUAACCAAGGUCACAUACAACACAUCAAGUGUUCUACCCAAGGCCACAUACAACACAUCAGGUGUUCUACCCAAGGUCAGUUACAACACAUCAGGUGUUCUACCCAAGGUCAGUUACAACACGUCAGGUGUUCUAACCAGUGCCACAUACAACACAUCAGAUGUUCUACCCAAGGUCAGUUACAACACAUCAGAUGUCCUAACCAGGGCCACAUACAACACAUCAAGUGUUAUAUCCAAGCCAAG